CACGUCGCAUCCAGUUGUGUUUUGUGAUUGUAUUUCGUGAAAAAUGAUGCAAGAAUACGACGACGACUUCUUUUUUGAGGAGGACAAAAUUGUUUGAUUUUCGUUUGUUGUAAAGAGUUUGUUUUGGUGUGUUCUUCGAUAAAUGUGGCAGCCGGAGAGCCCAAUUUUCGACUUCCACGACCCCAGGAUGUACCCCCAGUUCCAUUCACUGUUGGGGCACAACAUGUUCGAGGAUAAGAUGGGUAUGACAGUAACAUCGGGUAGUGUGGCGCUAAGCAAAGAUGAGAAGAACCUCAUAGGAAUCAGCAUAGGGGGCGGAGCGCCUUUGUGUCCAUGCCUGUAUAUUGUCCAGAUAUUCGACAAUACGCCAGCGUCAAAAGAUGGGACGCUCCAAAGUGGGGACGAGUUGGUGGGGGUAAAUGGACAGUCCGUCAAAGGAAAGACCAAAGUGGAGGUGGCCAAGAUGAUACAAUCAGCUAAGGACGAAGUAACAAUAAACUAUAACAAACUGCACGCGGACCCGAAACAGGGGAAGUCCCUGGACAUAAUAAUGAAGAAGAUGAAGCAUAGGCUGGUGGAGAAUAUGUCUUCUGGCGCUGCAGACGCAUUGGGACUCUCCCGGGCUAUUCUCUGCAACGAUACUUUGGUGGCCAGGCUGGACGAACUUCGAGACACUGAGACCACAUACAAAAGAUUAGUCGAACAUGCAAAGCGGAUGCUAAAAGCAUACUUUGACCUGCUCCAAACUUACAAAUCUCUGGGCGACAUCUUUGCCGCGAUAGGAGUGAGGGAGCCUCAAGCGCGCGCUUCUGAAGCUUUCAGCAAGUUCGGGCAGUACCAUAGGGAGCUGGAAAGGGAUGGGAUCAAGAUGCUGAAGGCUCUAAAACCGAUUCUAGCAGACAUGGGCACAUAUCUCAACAAGGCUAUACCAGACACAAAGCUGACGAUCAGGAAAUACGCCGAUACCAAGUUCGAGUACCUAUCAUACUGCCUAAAGGUGAAGGAGAUGGAUGAUGAGGAGUACGGCUACAACGCUCUGCAGGAACCCUUGUAUAGGGUGGAGACUGGGAAUUAUGAAUACCGACUAAUCCUACGCUGCCGUCAAGAAGCGAGAGCCAGGUUCGCCCGUCUCAGAUCAGAUGUGCUAGUCAAGCUUGAAUUGCUGGAGAAUAAAAAGACGCAAGACGUGGCAUAUCAGCUGAGAAGGUUCAUCAACGGGCUAGCGGUCUACCACAAUGAAACUGCCGAUCAACUGAAAGACAAUGCGACUCUAUUCCCGGUGGAAGUAGAUCUAUCUCAGAACGCUUUCCAAUACAAAUCCACGGCUCAAAUCAUUCAGGAUGACGAAGAAGAAAUAGAAUACGCGAAAGAGUUGCAAGAAUACCACGAUCUGUCAGACUCGGAGAAAGACACCAAAAUCCGCAAGAGAAGGCAAAGCAAACACAAGGACUUCACAGAGUCAUCAGAAACUUUGCUACCAGGCUUUGACAGUUCUGACACGCUCGACGGGACUGUCAAAAGUGAUAAUACUGACAAUCUGACGCUUUUGACAGAGCUGGGAUUAGCCGAUACAUCUACGGAGGAGUUUGGGGAGUUCCAGAAUGGAUUGAUGGAUGAUUUUCUUCCCAUGAGUACUACAGAUGAUGUUUUUGACAAGCUGAUGAGUGAUCUUAAUAUUGCAAAGUAAUUUAUCGUUGUUAAUCGUGAAGUAUUGUUAGAUAAUGUGUUGUAUUUUGUAAUAGAUAGUUUGAAAUAUAUUAAACAAUUUAUAAUGCGUACCUA